UAAAAUGGCCGCACAGCUGACUGACGAGGUUUGUCUUUUCUCGUUAUUUUGUUGAAUUUGAAGCAUCUUAAAGCUUGGAAAUUUUCCGAAGCUUUACAAGGUAUGGAUUUCAAACAGCUUAUGAAAUUGGCCUCUCAGAAUAAAAGUCAUGCAAGAAAGCAGCAAGAUAGAAACAAUGUGGCCACCAAGAGUUGUGAUGGUAAAUCAAAGGAUAGCGGGAUAUCACAAGCUGCUGUUCAGGCAUUUCUUGCGAAGAAAGAGAUGGAAAAGAAAAAAAAGGCAGCUGAGGAAGAAGCUGCAAAACGUGCAAGGAUUCAGGAACGCCUGGCUCAAUCCCUUGGCACUAAAAAUGCAGAGUCUGCGAAGGGCACAAAAAGUGUUCCAACAUCUCAUGAGGGACAGUGCAAGCCACCAAUGACAACCAUGAAUGAACAACGAUCAGGUAGAGUAAACGAGAAACAAAAACUUUCAGAACAUAAAGCUUCUAAGACACCACAUCGUCAGUCAUCAGCAAGAACAUCUGAAGCUGACAGAAAACUGAUAAGACCUUCUCUGGAACCUGAUAGUAAAAACAGGGAUACAAAGUUUAAAAAGCCAGUCGAGAAGGUGCAGAAAAACCNAGUUAAUGGAAAGAAGGGUGCACCUCUUAACUUUAAAGAAUUACUGGCUGCUGCAGAAAGGAAUAAGCUUGGUGGUACUAAAUUGCAGUCUGUGGUAGAACAGGGCAACAGUUCAAAGAAUAGUGGAGGCAAUGGGGAAAGCAGCAACAUUAAAAAGAGAAGCUUGGAAGAAAAAAUUGUCAUGCAAGAUAAGACUGGAAAGCACAAAAAAACAGCUGUAAGUACAGAUUCUAAGAGGCUGUCAAAAUCAGUUCCAAAUGGAAAAUCAUUAUCUUCAGGAAAAGAUUCCAGUAUGAAAAACGAUUUCAAGAGAUCACCAGGAUUAGUGAAUGGAAGCAGAGAAAAACCUUUAGAAAUGAAAACAAAAACUUCAAUGGGAGCCAUAUCAAGUGACAGAAAAUUAGGUAACCCUAAGUACAAUAAUCCUGCUAUUGAAAGAAGGCCAGUGAAAGCAGCUCAUCUUGGCCAAUCAAGAGACAGGGUGAAACUGAAGAGAAAACGAAACCCUUACAAGGAUGAAAUGGAUGACUUCAUUGACGACGGAGAGGGAGAGGAUGUUCCUGAUGUCUCAAAGUAUAUACGGGAAAUUUUUGGCUAUGACAAGACAAGAUUCAAUGAUGCUGAGGAUGAUCUGUCUUACAUGGAGACUAGUUAUCGCCAGAUAGAGAGAGAAGAGCAAAAGAGUGCCAAGAUUGCAAAGCUGGAAGAUGAAAUAGAACACUUGAAAGAGCUGGCUGAACUGAAGAAAGAGAAAGAUAGGUUAAAAAAGAAGAAAAAGAAAUAGAAAGGGCACUUUCAUUAGGAGUAAAAUUAGGUCACAAAACCUGGGUACAUGAUUGUACUUAAAUGUGGGAUUCCAGAAAAAUUAAAACUAAGGAAAGUUUGACAAGGAUGGGGCUUUCAAAGGGCAAGGUUUUAAAGUAACAGUAAUAAUUCACGAAGCAACAGAUGUUGCAUGAUUUGAUAAAAAUUAAGAAACUUCUGAAGUAAAACCUGGACAAGGUUGUUUCAUCACGCUUCCCACCUCUCUCCAGAGAUGAGGGUUACACUUGAAGGUGUUCAGCAUGCUACAUGAGUAUACAAUUUGAGCAUAAUUUAUAAAAUUUUAUUUAUUUGAUAAAAUUAUUACUUACAUUAAUCUGUAUUUUAAGACAUGCAUGUUUUUUGCAUAAUGAAGCACAAGGAAUUGUAGCACCAGCAAAGACCAAGAUAAAAUAAUAAUUAUUGUUCUUUUAGACAAUAAAGUAAAUAAUUUAACAGUAUUACGGUGGAUAAGGAAUAUUAUAAUUAAAACAGAUUUGCAUAGAUGUUCAAUCCAUCAUUUGUAUCUUAAGUUGCUGGUUUUUAUUGCCCUUAUUAAAAUUUAUUGGAUAUGAAGACAGGAACUACUGAUACCCCGAUAUUUGCUGCCAAUUUGUUAUGAAAGAAAGUGUGGAUUUCACUGCGUUCAACUGGAAACGGUGCUAUUAAAAGUGCAAGGUCCAAAAUUAACUUGUGAAGUAGGUUGCCCAUUCGACAACCAUGUUUUCAGACCUAGAUGUCCAAGUUGAAAUCUAGUCACCAAAGAGUAGAAGUGAUUAUGCAGUAUAACUAUUAGAAAAUGCUUAUGGCUGCACUGCAGUUAACACAAUUAUAGUACAGUAUUCAAUUGUAGAGCUGAAUAAAACGAGAUUGACAUACAAUGAUUGUGUUUAUUGUCCAUCAAUGUAAAAUUAUUUUUAAGUAUUUCACUUUAUUGCCAUCAUCAUCAUUGUCAUCAUCAACAUGUACAUUGUGUACAACGGCAUUUCCCAAGCAGAAAUCUUGACCAAAGAUUAUAAGUUUUAGGGUCUUUUAACAACUGUUCAUAUAUCAAGAGGUUGGCAGCUUGAAUUGUGGUCAUCUAAUGAGCAAUCACACUCUGUGAUUUGAUGGUCAGUACUGGUUGACUAAAUUUCGGACCCUGAAGUGCCGCAUUUGUCUAGUUCUCUCCUUUUUGCAGAACAUAGCAAAGGGAAUAUAGGGGAAAGCUAAAGUGCACAUCAACUGGGUGAUAAUUGCAAUUGGGUGAUAACUUAACCAAUUUCCAUGUUUCUAUCAAGUGUAUACAAAACACUAUUGGAAGUUUGGACACACAAGCCAAAGACAAGUGUCUGCACAUCUUUUUUGAGCUCUUCCAGGCUUAGUGUUUCUAGAACUUGAUGAAAACACAAGUCCAGGGCAACUCACUCAUUUAUUUUAAUUAUCAAAAUGUAAAUUCUCAGCUCAUGCUUGUUCUGCAUUUUCAUUGAGUUAGUAGUAUGGCAUUUAGCAUGAACUUUCUCAGAGGGUGUUCUAACCAAUUUAAAUUUUUUGCUUGAAUCUUACAUUUUAGUAGCCUCCUACAAAGAUUAAUCAAGAGGAGAUUAAUCAAGAGGAGAACAUUGUAGAAUAAAGUAAAGGGGUUUGUCAGCUUAGAGGAGAAAAAGGGAAAGGUGAAAGCUUUUCUCUUUCCAUGAUGUAUUUACCUUUCCCCAUUUCUGUACAAAAUAAAUGCACAGAAACAUUGGCAGAGAGACAAGACUGUGCAUAAUGCAUUUUAGGUUGCUUAAAUUGUUUUUAUUGUUAUUUAAUUAAUCUAGUUCUAUGCAUAGGCAGUUAACGGCCUGCCUAGAUUAGCACUUGCUAUCCGCGGGCCAAAUAACAUGUAGUUCUAAAAUGAAGGAAAAUAAAGAUCAUUGUUGUGA